CGAUGCUUGUCUUGCUCGUAUUGUCGUUGCUCCCUAUAGUUUAUUGUGAUUUUAAAUUAAGUGCUUCGAAGCUCCUUCUGCCUUACUAUAGCGUUAACCCCGUGAAUUACACUCUGCAUGGUAGUGAAGAGGCUUGCUAUGAAUGGCAUUCGGGCACACCGGAGGUAGCUGUAGUGAGCCCAAUAGUAUCAUCUGAAAAUGGAUGCUCUUCAGCCACUGUUAUUACGGCGGUUUGGCAAUCACGCCAUAGGGCUGUGGCUACUAUUUACGCCAAAAUAAUUAAUGUUGAUCACAUUGUUAAGUGUGAUGUUAUCGUCGACGACAUACAUCGGAUCGAAAUAGCCACCACCACCCAGGAACUUUAUCUUCAUAACACUCCAGUUUCUCUCGUAGUGACUGCUUAUGAUGAAUAUGGCAAUACUUUCACAUCUCUUGAAGGUGUGCCAUUUGAGUGGCGUAUAUUUGAGGAUAAAUAUGAAGAGUUCGGAGAUAUUCAAGGCGUGCUCAGAUUUAUUACUUGGAGCGAGUCAGAAUACACAACUCCAAGCACAAUGUCUUUACUGGAAUCAAAGGGGAUGCAGGGUUACAUGCAACUAAUAAGUGGUUUGCGUACUGGCUCUGCAGUAGUCAGUGUGGCUCUUCAUGAGUCUAUAUACAGAAAUGUACCGCCAAGCCAGGUUCGUCUACUCGUUAUGGCAAAUGCCCAGUUGAGCCCAGCGCUAGCUUACCUUAUCCCCAAUUCCUUGUUGACUUUCACUGUACACGUUAUACAACAAGGUGAUGAUCAAGAGGUGUCUAUGCCGUCUCUUCAAUACCACUUGCAGGUAAACGAUACAAGCAUCGCUGUUCUUAGUCCACUUGAUGGCUCUACUCUUAAAGCUCUAAAUUACGGCCAAACUGAGGUUACGCUUCUUGAUCGGAAUGUCGAAGAAGCCCUAGAAAAAUUGGAUGAAGUUUUGAAUUCCAAAGUCGAUGAUUCAGAUCUUCCUUUACCAAAACGAAGACGUCCAACUUCACUUAUACAUAUUGUCGAGCCAGCCUAUUUAGGUUUUACACUCGUCCAAAAGUUUACAGAUAAGAAUCCAGAUAUAUGCCAACUGGCUUCAUUUUUAAACUCAGGAUCAUAUGUUAACCAGGUUGCAUCUGGCUCUUACAUACCUAUUCGAAGAUGGAUAAUGGAAUCAGGGAAAGUUUAUGUCAUUCACUUAGACAUAUAUGAUCGUAAUAACCACCGUUUAUACCCCUCUGACAAUCUACGACUGUCUCUUCAUUUCCCAGAAAGCCACUUUGAAAUUUUAAAAUCUUCGUUAAAUCAAACUUAUGUUAUUGUUCGAGCGUGUACACCUGGUUCAGUGUCGCUCAAGGCGAUCUUAAGAGGUGUUCAAGACCAGGAUGGGAGUAUUAUUGAAUUCAAUUCAACCAUAACCGGUAAUCAAGAUGUAACUAUUUACUCUCCUAUCCAAAUCUAUCCAACACCAAUCAUUUUGCCAUGGUCUCAAGAGCUAUUAUCGUCUAACUUCACACAUUCUAAUCCUGGUUAUCAACUUCGAGCUAACGGAGGAUGUGGACAGUAUAGAUGGACAGCUUUAUCUAUCCACGCAUUAGAACAUUAUUCUGAUCCAGGCAAAUUACCGAACUCUGAAUUACUCACUAAUACAUUUGUGUCUAUUACUAAAGCAGGGAUUGUAUCACCUCUAAAUUUUGGUGAAUCUAUCAUAGUUGCAUCUAGCUCUUCAAAUCCUCAACUUUGUGGACAUACAGUAGUUUAUGUGCGUCCACCUGCUGAAAUGAAAUUUAUAUAUGAACGCAAUGAAGUUCUAAUUCCAUCUCGUCGUAAGGCAAAGUUUAUUAAUGAAGAAUUAGUGAUCGGUUACUCGAAUCAGCCAUCAAAAGAAGAAUGGAGUGUACAAGAUCCUUCUGCCUUAGAAUCUGAUUUGGAACGUUUAGCAAUCGGAUUAGCUGUUCUUGAUUCUGAUGGUCAAAGUAUGACGGAUUGCAGAAAUCUAAACAUUGAAAUUCGUGCAGUUGACUCCAAUGUUGUAAAGAUUAUUCCAGGCUUUCAUGCUCCACGACAUAAUUCAUCCACUGAAUAUGGAUUAUUUGAUUCUAACGAAUGCUUACAUUUCUAUGUGAUCGGAGUUAAUGUUGGUUUCACUGAAAUUAAAGCAAUUUACAAUCCAUCACCAAUUAACAAGUUGGAUGAUUCCGUUAAAAUUGUUUCACGUGUUCAUGUUGCGGCCUAUCGUAAAAUCAGUUUUAUUGACCCGGUUUCUGAAAUGACUUCUGUUGCAAUAGGUUCAACUCGAAAUAUGCUGGUUACACAUGGACCACAACCAUGGUCUUUACAAUCAUCGGAACACUAUGUCAACGUUUUUCCCCGACCUGACUCAGAUAACGAUAUUUCAUCACUCCCAACAUUGGUUAGUGAACCACAAUUUUCUAAAACAUUGGUUUACCAAAACACCAAUACUGAUAAUGAAGCUACUCCAGUUCAAAGUUACACUAUGGAUCCAACUGAAGGUCAUGUUCGCCUGAUUUCAUUUGGUCUUCGUUGUGAAAGUAUUGGAAUGUUUGAAUUUGUGAUUGAAAUUGGAAAUCGUCCCACCCCGACUAACCUACAUCCAAUGGUUUUGUCAUCCAAGUUCACAAUAAUGUGUGAUGUCGCUGUUAGUUUAAAAAUGCUACCUGUUUUCCAGUUUCCUUCGCUACCUUCACAUUUCCCAUCUUGUCCACUAGUUAACAUAUCUUCUAAUGACUGGUCUCAUGAUAAGUUAAUUUUACCGAAUACAAUUCCAACUGCUGUUCGUUUAAUUUUCUAUGGAUCAGAAAGUCAAGAAUUAGAAUCAGUUGACUCCUUGAUAUCUAAUGUAGUUAUUUCUUCGAUUAAUGACGAUAUUGGAAUUGCACAACCAUUACAACUAGUUCAAAAUGUAAACCCUCCUGUACAUAUGGAUUACUUAGAUUCCGAUAAGCGAUCUCUUAAUCCUAUAAAUUCGCGGCCUUAUUUUUUCAUUACACCAGCCAAAUUUGGUCAUUCUUCUGGCAGUCUCGUGGUUCAUGUCACAGUUCAAUCAAGUUUACCUAACACAUAUGUUCCAUUUUUACACGGUAUUGAAAAUUUAAAAUCAACUUUAAAUAUAUAUUUAAGUCCAGUGAUAAACGUGACUCCCAGUCAAUUAAUUAAAUUAUUUUAUCAUCCAGAGGCUUCAUCUACUGUGUAUAUUCAUGGUGGAUCUGGUCAUUACUAUUUGGACAAUUCAGGUGAUUUAAUUGACCGACAUCACUAUCCAAUUCGUAUAACGGAAAAAUUAAAUGACCCAACUAUAACAACUAAUACUAUUCUGUAUAACAUGCCAAGACGGACUUAUGAAAUACAACCACAGCAUAUUGGUCAUGUAACAAUUCAAGCAAUUGAUUUAUGCUUUCCAUUCUUGCUAACAAAAUCAAAUCAAUUAAAUGAGCAUAGUUUUAGUCCAGCACAAGUUGAAUUUAAUGUGGAUGUAAUUGGUCUUAGUGCAUUAAAUCUUCGUGUACAUGAUCGAAUACAACUUGGUGAUGAGGUUACUGCUUUUAUAGAAGCCAUAGGUACAGAUGGAAUCACAUUACCGUCAAAGUUUACACGCUUAUUAAAGUUGUCAAUAAUCAGUAAUCAUGUCGCUCAUUCCACACCUGCUGGUCAUAAGGAAUCAUCACAUGACUCCAAAAGAAUACUUAGCGUACCGGAAACCAAUGUCCCUUCAGACUCAUUCUGGAUUUGUGACUCAUCAAAUGCUGAACAACUUUGUUCAGGUCAAUUCACUGUUCGGGGCAUUGCUCUUGGUACUUCUAGACUAAUGGUAACUUCCAUAGUACCUGGGUUAUUGCAAAAUAAACCAAUUACUGUUCAAAGUAACAUUGUUGAAAUUCAGGUAUUCGCACCUUUACGUUUGACUCCAUGUAAUUUCAAUCUCCUACUAGGAGCUGAAUAUGAGAUUCAGGCAGUUGGUGGUCCUAAUCAAGCUUCUUUGGAAUUUAUUCCUGAAUCUGUCUCAAGUCGUCUAACCAUUAUAAAAACAAAUCCCUCCAGUGUCUUGAUACGUGCAUCUGAAUCCUUAGGUCUGGCAAAUAUUCGUGCCCGUGCAGUAGGUAUAAGAGGGAAUAGACUUUCUUCAAGUUUAGAUGAAAAGCAUGAAGAUUAUGUCAUCUAUUCAGAGACAGUUUGCAACAUCCAUAUUGUGGCGUUAUCGGGUGUGCGAAUUAAGUGCCCACUUGCUAAUUUGGAUGAAGUUACUUCCCAAAUCUCUGAUACUUCUAAUGCUCAUUUCCCAGAAUUAUCUAAUUCAGAUAGAUCUAAUCAACAUUUUCUCCUUGCAUGUCCACCUGGACGCUCUGGGGAUUGCGGUUCAGCACCUCUAUGGGUUGAAGGUACAGCAUACAGUCCCCACUAUUCUGAAGACCAAUCAAGAUCAAAUAUUGUUUCUCCUCUGGGAAUGGCUGCCGUCAAUCCUCCACUAAGAUAUCGUUGGCAUCUGAACCCACCUGAACCUAACUCUGUUGUUCGUCUCGAAUAUUGGCUUGAACAAUUCGGUGUUAAUGUGGAUGAAACUCAUUUAGCAUCAGGAAUGGUUCUUGUUGGUUUAAAACCUGGUACUGUAACUGUUCAUUUGACUGUAGAACCUGUGGAACCUAAUGCGAAACAAAUAAUUGCUGUGUCAACUGAUGGUGCGUCAAUUGACCGUUUACAUGCUCAACUAACGAUUGUUGUUUUAUCACGGCUUGGAUUAAGUUCACCACAUCGAGAAACUCAACUAAUCAUUCUAUCGCCGAAUUCCCAAUUAAAUUUAAUUCCUUGGGCUGAUUUACAUUCUGAUAGCAUUUUACGCUACGAGAUUUUAUCUGUUCCACGUGAUAGGAAUUUAUCCUCUAAACAUGCUAGUCAACUGUUAACUGUCACUCCAGAUGGUAUUCUACAUGCAAAUGACAAAUGUUCAGAUAGUGAAUCAGUUUGUCGAAUUACACUUCAAAUUCAAUCAAUGCCUAAUGGAAAUUUACUGGAUUCCAAGUUUACACAUAAUUUCGAUCAUUCACUUAUUCAGACACUAAUCUUGGAUAUAUUUAUUAAAGUACCACGCUUUAUGAUGUUCUCUGUACCAUCUGUUACCAUUCCACAAAAUGAAAGAUCGUCAAAAAUAGUUGGUCUUCCUGUUGGUGGUCCAUAUAACAUGAAAAUCUCGUAUCAUGAUGAGUUAGGGCGUAUAUUCGAUGCAGUUUCAAAUGAUUUCUAUCAAUUGAAAGCAUCAUUGCAUCGAUCAGAUUUAUUUUCUACUCAUUUUAUACGAGAUCUGGUAAUUGAAGAACAACAUUUUCCUGUCAAUCAUAUCAAUGCAGACAAUGCAAUUCAUCGUACUCCAUACGGUUUCAGUAUACAUUCGUUGCCAAUUCCUAAGUCAACUAAUCAAAUUGAAUUGAUACAAAAUGAGAGAAAAUCUUAUUGGACAGCUUUACAUAUUGGUUUAUCGAAUAAAAUUACUAGAUUAUUACCAAGUUAUUUAAGUCUACCAUAUAGUAAUUCAUUAGAUCUUCUUGGUUUAACAUCUUUAGUCGAAGGACAAUGGACAUGUCUACCAAAAUUGUCAUCAUCCACAUCUAAUUUAGAAAAUACUUGGUCUUCAGUUGAUCCAUCAAUCAUAUGGAUUGAUUCAUUCAAUCAAAUCAUUUUAGCACGUCAAUCUGGUCAUGGAGUAUUGACAUUUUCUUUAACAUCUUCAAUAAAAAAUUAUCAACAAAGUAAACCAUUAAAAAAUACCACAUAUUCCAAUAUAAAAAGUGAAUCACUUACUUAUUUACUCAACAUUCAAGUCAUACCACUUGAAUUAUAUACAUUAUUAAAUACACCGUCUGUAAGUUUAAUAUUUAUUGAUUCUGGAAAUAAUCUAUUACAAAGUGAUUCUAUCAUAUUUCCUAUUGGAGUUGAUCGUCCAUCACGAAGUGAAUCAUUUUUAUCAAUGUUACGUUUCCUUGUUCAACUACCUAUUAAAGAAAGCAAUAAUAUCCCAUGCUCUAAAACACCUGGAUCAUUAAUGACAUUUGCAAAUUUCGCUCCAUUCAAAUGUCAAAUUCAACUACAAUUAGACAAUGAAUUCCACAUUGAUUUUAAUUAUCGUUCAAGUCUUUUACCGAAUUGGUUCUCAAAUUUACUUCUUUGGGAGUAUAAUGAAACUAUUGAAACAAUUCUUGAAUUAGAUUCUGCUAAAUUUUCAUUACAACGCUCUAUUACAACUCAAUUAGAACCUUUGCCACAAUCAUCACCAUUCUAUACCAGUGCUACACAAUGGCAAUGUGUUAUUAAAUCACCUACAACAUGGUCAUUAAAUGUUGAUGCUAUUGCUUUGACAUUAUUGCCUAAAACACGAAUGAUUUUACAAUUGAUUAAAACUCAUUCAUCCGGCGGUCCCAGUGAUGAACAUGGUGAAAAUGCAUCAUUAAUUGCUGAAACAUCGUUACUUCCAUUGCCAGGUAUUAAAAUGCUUAUACCUCCUGCUGUUAAACUACAAGAAGAUAGUCCUAUGUCCUCUGUAUCGAAAUAUUCUUAUCACUUUUGGAUUACUGAAACGGAUCAUUUUACUAGACGACUAUUGAUUUUCAUUCCACCAGCUACAUCAUUUGCAUUGAAUAUGCAAGAACUAGGACCAGAUAAAAUAUUAGUUCGAUCACAAGUCCCUGAGGCUUUAGAAAUUGUUGAAUCACCACGACCUGUUCAAAAUUUGCGUGAAGUUAUAGAUAUAUACAAAGAAUAUAGUCAAAGUUUUUCGUCUUCACUAGUUUCCACUACAUUAGCAUCAUAUCCUAGUAGUGUGACCGCGGAAUUAUCUCGUUGGCUUCAUGUAGUUCAUGAACAAAUUGAUAAGAUUGAAGAUGAUGUUAUAUCGGAUUUAAAUCCAUCCAUAUUGAAAUACAAAGUUUUAUGGCUAGUACAAGUGAAAUGUAUCCCUGGUGAUGCUCCCAUUGAUGCUGUAGUGAAUCUGGUGUUAAGUCUACGUCCAACAGGUCAACACAUUGAAAUCCCUGUACGAAUUAGUAUUCCAUCGUCAAAUCAAUUAAAUGGUAAAGAGAUAUCCAGUACACCAUCAUCGUUUUAUUUAUUAAAUUUCUCUUGGAUUCAUCUAUUUGCACUAAUUAUCAUCACUUUGUUUAUUGCUAUCAUUAUACAUAUUAUAUCACGCAGUGAAACAUUAAUAAGUUCUUCGAAUAAUUCAAAUAUUGGAAAAUAUUCACCUAGUCCCCUACCGCCAUUUCCCAAAGGAGGACUUAGUCGAUCACCUCCUGGUCGACAAUUGUGGAGUCAAAAUUUUAUUCCUGCUGGAAGUCCUAAUACAAUACGUCAGCCAUUUUUAACAUUUGACGGUCUACGCUCUUCGAAUAUUUCAUCAUCUCCGAUUAAUGCACAAAAUCUUUCAGCUAACAUUUCAUAUAACAAUAAUCAACGUAUUUCUCCCAGAUUCAAUCAUGGUACAAGCAGUGAUCUAAUCAAUGAUGAAAGAAGAUGGCGUCAAGCGCUUAGUGGUGGAACCAAUCGCUUGAGAGAUAGUUUUGAAGAAUAAAUUAUUUUUCUGUACACUUUUAUUUAUUGUAUUGUAUUGUGUUAUAAAGAUUUUGUUUCACUUAUAAUAUUCCUGUCAAAUAUUCCACUUGUACUAAAUAUUUUUUGUAAACAAGUAUCUUUAUUGUCGGUAAUAUAUCUGUUGUUACUGAAUAUUCCAAUUUCUGCGAAGUUGUUGAUAAUAGCAUUUAUCUAUAGAUCGUUCCUAAACUGACUACACUACACUUUACGCUAAUGUUUCUAGGCUUUUUUUUCCUCUAUUUUGAUGUUAUAUUUGUAAAAACAAGCUGAUAAAAAAUCACAUCAUCUGUCUUCUGUAUUAAACAAAUGAUGAUAUUAUUAUUGUUUUGUGUGUGUGACUAGUUUCAUAUUCAAUAUAUAUACAUAUACA